UUGUGGCAGGUUCCCCUGCCAACUUAGCAACUCUCCCAUCAUAGCCUAAGGACUCUCUCCUUAGGCUUGUGUCUGUGUGCAAGCAGAGCGGUAGACUGUUGCUCUGCAAAUGGGUGAGCAACCAACUUAAUGGAUCGAUCAAUUAAUAUUUAUGGGGCAUUGACCAUGUGCCAGGCCCAGGAACUAGGCAGCUGGGAAUCCAGAACAAGGUGAAAAACAAUUGUGUGCCAGCCCCAGGAUAUUAAUUAGACUGUCUAUGUAACUCUCAGAACGCAAGGCUCAGUACCUGGAGAAGCCUUUCACCCAUCUCUUUUGGGAAUGACGGCAUGUCUUCACCGGAAAAUGCUACAGCAGCGUCUGGAGAAGAUCAGAAAGGAAAGGACUCUGAUAUGAAAAACCUGAAUGUACCUUUGCCUGUGUCACCUCAUGACGACCUUCCCUCGUCAAGUCAUGACGACCUGCAUUCAUCAAGUUGUGAAGACCUGCAUUACUCAUCAUGUCAUGACCACCUGCAUUCAUCGAGUCAGGAGACCACACCUAGACCAGUGAAUCAUAAGGUUUUUCAAAAUGAAGUUAAAUCAAGGAAGCUAAAAGUCUUUCUUCGAGAUUUCCAACAUAGUGAUGAUUUUGAAGAUCAGUUUAAAGACGAGGCUGAAAGUGAGAAUGACGGCACCUUGCGGAAAACCAAUAGCUUCUUUCUAAAGCAGAAGUCGAGCAAUGAAGAUGAAGAGCUUGCAGGGCCUUCCCAUCCUGCACUUCAGGCUCUUCUUUCAAGGAGUAUGGAAAUUGUUUCUGAAAAGGAGCUAGCUCAGUUAGCUCUGGUUCGACCAUUAAUAUUCAAUACACAGGAGCAAUCAACCAUCAGGGAUUAUUUUAAAAUACUUACAAAAAAAGUAUCAGAAGAUGAAAUCACCCAGGAAUUUAAAGCAUUGGAAGUUAAGAAUCUGCCUGCUGUUUUCCACUCUGGGAAUGAACUACACAACAGAGACAAAAACAGAUAUCGAGAUAUUCUUCCAUAUGAUUCAACACGUGUUCCUCUUGGAGAAAACAAGGACUACAUCAAUGCCAGUUAUAUUAAAAUAGCCAAUUCUAGAGAAGACUAUUACUAUAUUGCUACCCAAGGGCCACUGCCAACUACCACGAAUGACUUUUGGCAAAUGGUUUGGGAAAAUAACUCUAAUGUUAUUGCCAUGAUAACCAAAGAGAAAGAAGGUGGAGUUACCAAAUGCCACCAUUACUGGCCCAUUUCUAUGAAGAAACCUUUGGAAUUGAAGAACUGUCGUAUCUUCCUGGAGAACUACCAGAUACUUCGGUAUUUCAUCAUUCGAAUGUUUCAAGUUGUUAAGAAGUCUACAGGAGCUAGUCACUUUGUAAAACACUUGCAGUUCACCAACUGGCCAGACCAUGGCACUCCUGCUUCAGCAGAAGGUUUUAUAAAGUACGUUCGUUACGUGAGGAAGAGCCACCUGACAGGACCCGUCGUCGUUCACUGCAGCGCAGGCGUGGGUCGGACAGGGGUGUUCCUGUGUGUGGAUGUUGUAUUCUGUGCCAUUGAAAAGAACUUUUCAUUCGACAUCAUGAAUAUAGUGGGCCAAAUGAGAGAACAGCGUCAUGGAAUGAUCCAAACAAAGGAGCAGUAUAUGUUUUGUUAUAAAAUUGUGCUUGAAGUUCUUCAGAAGCUUUGGACUGUAAAGUAAGAACUAUUGCCUCACACUUGAAAUUAUUAGCAAGUGGCUUGGAGCCUCCUCUUAAAGAACACAUUCGAGCUGUGCUUGAAGGGCUUUGCUGAUACAAAUGUGCUUUCUUGGUAUAUCGUUCGACUUUCUGACAGUUCCCUGAAGGCAGUGCCAUUUGGUUUGGGGUAAACGGUGUUUACCCACUGAUCUUACUUAGGUAAUGUCAAAUACCUUCCCAUAUUUUCCCAUGAAAUGAAAGUUAUGUAAAACAACUUCCGUCUAUUUGGUUGAAGAGAUUACAGAACCCAGUAAAGGAUUUAAACUGUAUUAUUUAAGAUUUUAUUUGGAAAGACAGCUGGAGGGAGCUGAGAAUUUUCAGGAUCACAAGAUCGUGAGCUUAUAUCAUGAUUUCUUACAAGCAUUUUCAAGACAGAUACGUAUCCAUGUUUUUUAACUAGAGUCUGUACUUUUAGGUGGUAUUUGAAUAGCUUAGGUCACUAAAGAACCCAGUUAGAAAGGGUCAACUUUCUAUGCAAAUUGGAUUCCCUUUCGCUGUACUUCUCUACUCCUGUGGAGCCCCAGGGACCUCAAAGGACAAGCUGCCUUUCUAGAGCAGCUGGACAAGGUCUGGGAAUUUUCAUGGGUGGGCAGAGUUCCUCUUCUCCAUCACUUGAGCACACUGGUGGACAGUCCAAAACUAAAAUAGAUGUUUAUGUAGAAAGUCCAAGAGGAAAUUUUUGCCCGUUCUUGAGUUCUUUCCUAUCCCACCCUAACACUUUACAUAUUAGUCUGCUUUGUUAAAAGCAAACAUUACAUUUUACUUGCCUCUUAAUCUCUGCCCUUUAGCUUUAGCGGGCAAUAAACUUUGAUAUAAGCUUUAUUACGUAGUUCCAGGUAUCUUUUACGCCAGAUAUAUUUUUCAAACUAAAAUCUAUGAUGAUUAUUUUUUUCUUCAGUGUUCCAUUUAAUCAUUUAUUUCCAUUACUGCCCCACCUCUGCCAUGACAUUUAGAAGUUGGCUUUGGGAACCAGAUUCUGGAGAACCAAAUUUGUAGUUGUGAAAAUGAAAACUUCCAUAUUCUGUUUUUGAAAAGAUGUGGCCAUUAUUAAAUUCAUCUUAUUAUAGGACUUUGCCUCAUACAGUUAUAAUGAUAUUUUUGUCAAGGAAUUUUAGUGACCAGUUAUACUUGAUUAUAAACUAUAAAGCAAGUGAUUCAUGUCUUUCUAUGAUGUAAUUCAGUUGAGAUCAGAGAAGUCUUUGCAUUGUACUGAGAAAGUUUCUAAUAUUAAUCCAUAAGUCUUGAAUUUUUAAGAGCUUAUUUUGUUCCCUUAGCUGAAAAAACACUUGAAUAGGUUGAAUUAAAAUUGAUACUUCUCAUUUUAAAAAUAAUUAAAUGCUGGAAAUGUAAUUUAUAUUAAAUGAAUUGAUUUUACCUAUUUACAUUAUUUUUGUAAAUAAUAAUCUGUGCUAAACAUUAAUUUUGAUGAUUGGCUUUUAAUAUUUAUAUUACUAAUUUUCUUUUCUCUCAUAGCAAAAUAAUAAAUAUAAUGUACAGUAAUAGUUCUGAAAAGGAUUCUAUGCUAUUAUUUAAAUUGAAAGAUUUACUAUGUAUUGCCUGAAGUAUUUUUAUUAUUUGGACCUUGAAAUGUUCUUAUAAAGAAAAUUUCCACAAUU